GGGAGUCCAUCGUCCUCUGUAGCCUUCCACACCGACCAUGGCGCUACCAAAGCUAUUGUUUUUCGUCUAUGUGACGCUAUUGUCGUACCUGAUUGAAGCAGCUGCGUCCUCCGGCUUGGCGACUCACGAUGCCGUCAGAUUGUCUCGUGGUAAAAUUGCACGAUUUCGGCAGAGAUGCGCCCGUCGAAAAGUCCAUCGACGACUCGAACGAGCCCGCUCUAGAACAGCUACCGCAUCCGGGAGCGUGAUAACCACAAAAGAGCCGACGUCGGAACGCAUAAGCAACUGGUUCUGGGCAAGAAAGGGUACGGCAUAUUUCAACCAUGAUUCGGUGGGAAUGACAAACCCUUCCCUGCAUGUUGAUCUCUUAGUGGAUCACGGAGAAUCGACAUCGACUUUGCCUGUUUCGAUUUCGUACCCUCCAAGGUGCAUCUCAGAAGAUCCCUCUUCCAUAUCUACCACAAUAUCUCCAACACAGAAAGAAUGGUGGCCGCCUACCGCCUGCCCCGAACAAGAUUUGGCAGAAUCGACUUGGAGAGUACUUCGCUUUCGCCGAGACGUCGGAAGAGGUUUUGCUUGUUAUCAGCGCGUGAGAGAUGCUGCACUAAAUUGGGAAUUUACUUCUUCGCAAGGUGACAAAGGGAUGCGGGUUAUAGAACCUCGAGCCUUGCAAAAAAGCCAUCCAAAAUUCGAAGGACGUGGGUAUGCAGCCAUGGCGUACGAAGAUGCUUAUGCCCCACUACACUCUAACCGCGUUGUACAAAUUAGCGAAGAGCCGGGAAAGGGACUCGUUAGUUUCACAACAGCCGGUCUCCGGCGGCUCCCCUUUUUGCCCAAGUUAUACGUGAUCAACCCCGUUUCGGUUGUGUACGAUCUUAUUGAUCAACGUGGACCGGGCACUACCUACUCAGCGACGGCCUAUGCCACCGCUACUGGACACUGGUUGAGGGGAGAAGAACGCGUGACAGUUUUGCAUCGAGAUGACGGCGUCGUACAAGUUGAAAUCUUGUCCGUGUCCAAACCAUCCUCUACCCUUACAGGUCGCUUUGUGUGGCCAGCAAUUGGCAAGAUGCAACGGACCUUUUUUCAGCAACAAAUGGAGGCACUGGAACGGGCGGGGAUAUAGCAUUUUCAACUAGUAGGAAGGGGUGUGAGGGGAGCUGCCCGCCAAAGGAAUCAGUAUCAAUCGACUGUAGCAUAUCUUCGACAAGACCAGGAUACCGGUGUAAAAAUAGAGACCCAAUGUUACAGGACC